UUACGCCUCGAUACAGAUCAAUCUGCGAAUUCGCAAGGUUCGACGAGAGAACAUUCCCUGGGAUUUUCCUUUAUUCAGACGUCGUGCUGUCGUUGAAGCAGAGCGCGAGAGGAAUCGAGAUUAACAGACGAGAAGGGACGCGACGAAUAUACGACUUUGUCACUUCAUUUGAUUAUUCCGGCCAGCCGGCCGUCGCGAGGAAGAAAUCAAAGCGGUGGCUUUGGGAUUUGAUUUGCAGGAGCGAAACUACAUCGCGCUGCACACGAAGGACCUGGUGAUCGCGUCGGCACAAUUGCACGAGGCUCGAUCGCCGCGCGAGCGGAUCCUCGUCGAGUCCGCGUGCUACGCGGACAAGUACGAAAUGAUACUCGUCAGAACAGCCGGACGCAUGGCGACGGGCGAGUACUUCCUGAGGAUGAAUUUCAGCGGUCGUCUGACCGGAAGGACGAGCGGGCUGUAUCUAAGCACGUACGGGAAUUUUGAGUACGAGCGCGACAGAAAACUGCUGGUGACGCAGUUCGAGCCGGCCUACGCGAGGACGGCGUUCCCCUGCUUCGAUGAGCCGAGCUUUAAAGCCGUAUUUCACAUACGUCUCGUUCAUUCCGCGCGAUCGCAUUACCGCGCAUUGUCCAACAUGCCGAUCUCGAAAGUCGCGAGCGCGACGAGCAACAGCGACACGGUGAUCACGUACUUCGCACCCACGCCUCCUAUGUCCACUUAUCUGGUGGCCUUCGUCCUCAGCGAUUUCGAGUGUCUGACGUCCAGUAUCGGCAGCUCGAGCGGGAAGGAAAUUCCGCUGAGUGUCUGCACGCGCGCCGUUUACAGAAACGAAGUGCGGUUCGCGCUACGCUUCGCCGCCCGCGCUUUGAAAUAUUACUCCGAUCUCCUGCGGAUCGAUUACCACUUGCCGAAACUCGACCUGGUCGCGGUCCCCGACUUCGCCGCCGGCGCCAUGGAGAACUGGGGCCUGGUGACCUUCCGCGAAGCGAAGCUCCUCCGCGACGGAGCUCGCACCUCGUACGCGGACAUGCGGAGCAUUGCUCUCACGGUGGCGCACGAGCUGGCGCACAUGUGGUUCGGCGACUCGGUCACCAUGAAGUGGUGGAACGACCUGUGGUUAAGCGAGGGAUUCGCCACGUACAUGCAGCACCGAGCCGUAGAUUCUAUUUUUCCGGCCUGGCGGCAGAUGGCAAGUUUCCCGCUAAAUACAAAAUACGUCGCGAUGAAGGAGGACUGCAAGCCGAGCGCGAGGGCGAUCGCGACGGACGUGGAGACUCCCGACGAAAUCAGUGAGAGAUUUGAUCGCAUGUCUUACCAAAAGGCGGCGGCGGUCAUCAACAUGCUGGAAAGCGCGAUGGGCGAGUCCAGGUUCGUCAGCGGGAUUAGGAACUACCUCGAGAGGUAUCAGUUUCGCAAUGUGGAGUCCCGAGAGCUCUUCGAGAUCCUGCGUCUCGCCGAUGGCGCGGUUGACGUCGUCGAGUUUAUGGACCGAUGGACGAAGCAGCCCGGGUUCCCGCUCGUCAACGUCCGUCAGGACGGCGCGGCUUUCCGAUUGUCGCAGGAGAGAUUCGUGGCUAAUAAGCAACGCGAGAAAGGAGACUUCACGCAAACCUGGAUCAUCCCUCUAAAGUAUGUGACGGACGACAAGAGCGAGGGUGUCCAGUUCGAGUGGUUCCCCGCAAACUCCUCGCGCGAGGUACGCGCGGGCCCUGAUCGACGGCAUCUACCGGAGACUCGGUUGGGACGUCGACAGCAGCGAGUCGUUCGCUAGCAGAGAGCUGCGCGCGAUAAUCCUGCACGCGGCCUGCGGCGCCGCUCAUGAACACUGCCUCGCCUUCGCCAGCAACUCCCUGAGAGCCUUCGCGAGCAACGACAACGCGGAGCCGCCUCAUCCCG